AUGGCGUCGAGCAGCCACAGCUCACCUCCGCAGCCGGAGAGCGAGCGCCUUGCGGGACUGCCGCCGGAGUACUUUCUGCCUCUCGAGGACUUUGAUGCGGUGGGGCAUAUGCUGCAGUGCCUGCCCGAAGAGGGGCUCGGCGAGAGCUACCUCGCGGCGCAGCUCGACCAGACGCAAGACGUGCUCGAGGAGAUCAACUCGAAGUUAUCGGCGCGCGUGAUGCGUUCGUACGGCGCAUUUGUGCACGGGAUGGCGCAGGUGCAGCAGCUCAAGUCGGACCUGGUGCUCACGGCGAUCCAGUGCCGCGCGGCGCGCAAGCACCUCAGCCGUGUCGAGACGGGCACA